AUGGAUUUGCGAGUGGGGAAUAAAUAUCGCCUGGGGCGGAAAAUUGGCAGUGGCUCAUUUGGUGACAUUUACUUGGGUGCCAAUAUUACAUCAGGGGAAGAGGUUGCCAUUAAACUUGAGAGUGUGAAGACCAAACACCCGCAGCUUCACAUUGAGAGCAAGUUCUACAAGAUGAUGCAGGGAGGAGUUGGCAUUCCAUCUAUUAAGUGGUGUGGUGCCGAAGGAGACUACAAUGUCAUGGUGAUGGAGCUUCUUGGUCCAAGCCUGGAGGACCUAUUCAACUUCUGCUCAAGGAAAUUUACCCUCAAGACAGUGUUACUGCUGGCCGAUCAGAUGAUCAGUCGUAUUGAGUACAUACACUCCAAGAACUUCAUUCACAGGGACGUCAAACCCGACAAUUUUUUAAUGGGACUGGGCAAAAAGGGCAACCUGGUCUACAUCAUAGACUUUGGCUUGGCCAAGAAGUACCGCGACGCCCGAACCCAUCAACAUAUACCCUAUCGCGAAAAUAAAAACCUCACCGGCACGGCCCGAUACGCCUCCAUCAACACCCACCUGGGCAUUGAACAGUCUCGACGCGAUGAUCUGGAGUCUCUGGGCUACGUGCUUAUGUACUUCAACCUCGGCUCUCUGCCCUGGCAGGGCCUGAAGGCCGCCACCAAAAGACAGAAGUAUGAGCGCAUCAGCGAGAAAAAGAUGUCCACCCCUAUUGAAGUACUCUGCAAAGGCUAUCCCUCCGAGUUCUCAACAUAUCUGAACUUCUGUCGUUCCCUGAGAUUUGACGACAAGCCUGAUUACUCCUACUUGAGGCAGCUCUUCAGGAACCUGUUCCAUAGACAGGGAUUCUCUUACGACUAUGUGUUCGACUGGAACAUGUUAAAAUUUGGCUCCAGGUCGACAGAGGACAAAGAAAAAGAACAGAGAGAAGCGGAGGAGAGGGAUGAGACGACAGGUGGAGGUCCUCAGGGUUUAGCUGCCCGUGCACUGCCCUCUGGCCCAAACCCGCCUGCCCACAACAGGGUCCGAAAUGGCCCCGACCCGGCCUCCUCUACACCUGCUUCCCGUGUUCCACAGACCGGGAACGCAUCUCCGAGAGCUGGGCAUCGCGCUGAGCGAGAGAGGAGGGUGUGUAUGCGCCUCCAUCGCGGUGCUCCUGCUAACCCGUCCGCCGAACUCCCCCUGCGCCACGACCAGAUCCGCAUCACUCCCCCACAGGUCAGUGUGCCAUUUGAGCACCUGGGGAAGUGA